GGAGCGGCUACGAUCCCAGCACCAUGGCUUCCCUAACCGUCUACAGCACCUCGGUGACCGGCUCUCGGGAGAUCAAAUCCCAACAGAGCGAAGUGACCAGGAUUCUGGAUGGAAAGAACAUAAAGUACAAUCUGGUGGAUAUUUCCCAGGAUAAUGCCUUGCGGGAAGAAAUGAGGGCCAAAUCGGGCAACCCAAAAGCCAUUCCUCCUCAGAUUUUCAAUGGGGAUGAGUACUGUGGGGACUACGAGUUGUUUGUGGAGGCGGUGGAACAGAACACCCUGAAGGAGUUCCUGAAGUUAGCCUGAGAGUUAGCCAGAGCAUGUUCCUUUCCUUCCACCACCCCAGCCCCCUUCCCCU